GAACAUUACACUCUUAUAUCGAUGGCUACCUUGACUCAAGAACGAAUCGAGCCUUACGAGAUCGUGUCGUGUGUGCCUCACCCAAAGCCCGUCCUAGUCAAUCAACGACCGACACAUGAACGCCAUGUCUUCACCGAACGUCCUCUACUGGCCGCCCUCCUCUUUGAUAACGUUGACUCUGACGCUCGUGACCAUUGUGCGAACGAGAGAAGUAUGUACAUUCUUGUCAUGGUAACCAAAUCGUCGACCAUAGUAUCAGAAUUUCUGAUCAUUUGUCUUGUCAUUUUAGCAUUCCUUUCGUGGUUACGACUAGCUAUAUACAUGGCUGUCGUCAGUGUAGCCAUUCUCAUCUCGUUCCAUCUCAAAAGUCAGCCGUCGCCGCUCGAACGAAGGAUAGCACUGCCCUUUGGCAUAAUAUUUUGGUUCCUCGCGCUCGCUUGCCUGGCUAGUGGGACGGCAAACUACAUCAAGACUGUGAAGAAGUACUCGAAGCGACAGGCGUUGGUACAGACUGGUUGGAAGACGCAGGUGGUCUUUACAGUCGUCGCAACUUCGAUCGUGGCUGCUUGCGUACUCUUUCUGUCGACAAAUGCCGGAGCAAAGGAGCGGACGCGUUGA